UUAGCCGUUAGCAUUAUCGCAGGUUGAAUCCCAAACGGUUCCUAUUGGAUAUGAAGUGAACUAAAGUAGCGCGUGAACGCCCAUAGAUAUCUAUUUUGAACGCGUUUACUUUCUGCCCUAUGUAGUGUACUAGUGUAGGGAACAAGGAGGCAUUUUGUAUUCCAGCCUCAGUGUCUCAUGUACCAAAUAAGCUGAGAAAAAUAACGUAAAUUAUGUACAUAUCUAGAGAAACCUUUAGUGGAAGAAGAUUUAUCAAUAGCACUUUCUUUUGAUAACUUUCUUUACGUGAUAAAUCACAGGUUAGUUUGUUUGUUUGUUGUUUUUUUGUCUCGGCUGUCAGAAAUAACUUGCCCGUACUUGUCCACUGGUAAUGAAUAUUCAUGAGCGCGAGCCGGUGGACACUACAAAAGCAUCAUCAUGAAUACAGGCAUCAAAGUGUGAGAUAUUCUGGAAUGGAGGAAGGUUUGUGGUGCGAGAAAACCUUCAGCGUCAUAUCUACUGUACCACUGUGGAUAAUUGAAUAUGCAUGGACUAACCAGAUGAUGGAGGUGUUAGAAGCAUCAACUGGAUUGAACUGAAUGCUGGGGCCUGAUGUCUUGUGUAAAAAAGUUUUAGGUCCUCCACUGUGGCUGGAAGGUGACCGGAGCAGUCUGACUCUUAAGGAUCCUUGUAGCAUCCGUGUGACAGCAGCCGAGUCCUGGAUGGUCAUCCGGGCCAGAGACAUUAAACACUUUGCGCAGGUCAUGGAGUUCCUGGAUGUUACUCACACUUUACUGCCUCGGCUAGUGACCCCCAUCAAGCAUAUGAAGAUCGUGUUUGGACUGAAAACUUUGGUUAUUAUGUGGAUGUUUUGGGAAGACCAGAGCAUGGAAAUCAUUAGAGACAAGAUUGUAAAGCUGUUUCCUGACAGCCUCCCACAGUAUCAUAGAAGUAGUCACAGGCAUAUCGAGUUGAUGCAGAAGGCCCAUCGGGACUUUAAAAAUUUUGCGCAGUUACUGACAAUAAAGCCAGAAGUGCGCAAAAACUAUAUUAGAAAUCAGAUGGGAGAGCAGUAUGGAGAAUGCUACAUCAUAAAGUUGGAAGAGAGGUUGUUACAUUAUUUAAAAGAGCUGAACAAAGCUCUUCCACAACCCACCUACAUUGACCAGGUUCUAAAACAGUCCGGGCCAUUAAAAGGGACAGAGGAGUUACUGCAACAGUUAUUUACCUGUAAUAGUGCGUCUCCAGCCACAGCGCUAAAGAAACUGCUGAGAUGUGCUACAGGAAGCCACAUGGAUCAUAAACGUACAGAGAUGUGUAAGCAACAAAAAGGAGCUCAAGUCCAUGGACCAGUGUUUGGGCCUCUUUGUGUAGCUCUUAGGAAACCUCUGGAACAGGCAGAUGAAGACUGGCUGUCCCAGGCAUCCUCUCAGAGCUCCUGGCUGAAUAGAGAUCAGAGUUUGGAAAAACAGAUGACAGUGUUGAAGAAGAAGAGAGUUUUAGAUCAGACUGACAAUGCUCUGGGUAUGCUUAAAGAGCCGUGUCCUCAGACCGUUGAAAUCGGACUCGUUUCUGAAGAGAAGAAAGCUGACGAUGACUUAACAGAGCACUUGUGCUCCAAACACGGCAAAAGAAUGAAGAGUAUCCUCCAAGAAUGCUCUGAGGAGCAAAGGAGUCAGGACCACAAAGCUUCACUGAUACAUGUGCAAAGCACUCCUCCACCACCUCACCCUCCACUUCCCCAAUCCAGUCCUCACGGGCUGACCUCAGCAUCUCCUCAACAUGACUCAUCUUCUACAAACAUUUCUCUGUCUUCUCAGCCAGAGUCUUUUUCAUACCUUUCAGUGGAUGAAGAGCGACAUGUUCUCCCUUUACAACUGAUGGCGUCUUCGCAGACAUCUCCAACAGAAGAAAAGAAAUCAAGUCCCUUCUCAGGCCAAAAAAGCUGCAGCUUUUCAUUAGAAUCAUUAGAGUCAUUGGAAGCCUGGCUUUCUCCAGAAUGCUCAGUUCCGGUAGUCAGUCCUUCACUAACAUGCUCAAAUCAGCCAUCCUUAUCUCAAACAUCUUCAUCUUCAAACAGUAUUUCAGCAUUUCCAGAAAACAUUAUUACACAAAAAUCAUCCUUGACUGAGCAGGAAUCCUCACAGGGAUUGUCCUUCAAGAAAAUGUGUUUGGAAUCUUCAUACUAUCAGAUUGGUUCACCGUCAUCCUCUGCAGCUCCAGCAGUGACUCUUAGUCCAAGCCAAAAUGAUGCGCAGGUCUCUUUAGAGUCAAGUGGCACAUUAGCAGGAAAACCAAGGCUCUCUUUAGAGACUCAGACUUUCCUCUUGGUGUCUAAGUGGCUUCAGCCUCAAGUAAAGCUCCACAGACUGAGCCAACAUGAGUGUCACCAAGCCACACUGCCAAGUCGUGCUCCAGUUCCCUUAUCUGAAGAGGAAGAGGUAGAUGAAGAUGUGUUUGAUGUCAAUUUACUUUUUUCAGAUUCUGAAUCAGACACACAAGACUCUGACGAUUCUGAUUAUGUUCCAUCCAAGAGACGCAGGUAUAGGUGAAGUGCAACACAAAUGACUGUUAGACAUCAUGUGCAAUUAUGUAAGCUACCUAAUACCAGGUGGAUAUUGAUCAUUAACCAGACCUUUGUGGUACUCUCUUUUAUAUUUCUGCUCCUUAAACUGCAGACUUUAUUCAGAAAUUAUAUUUGAUUUUAAUUUUGAUCUUUUUUUUUCUUUUUAAAGCAAAAACAUUCAAACAAUUUUAGAUUAUUUAAUAUAAAACAAUAACUUGAUAUAUGUGCUUUUAAAAUACCUCAUAGAUUUUUUUUAUUUAUUUAAUUCUUAGAACAGUUUUUUACUCGUUUUGACAUUUAAAAAAGUUUAAACAAUUAAACAACUUUGUAAGUCUUCGUGAAUUAGAAAACUUUCCAGUAAAUUUUUUUGUCCAAUCACGUGUUUGAGUACGUGCGUGUGUGUGUAUCCUGAUGGCAGUUUUACAACUUUGAGACAUGUGCACGUAGCCCAUGAGUGAUCGAAUUUACUGCUGUUUCAUGAACAUUUGUACUUAUGUCUGGGAAGUCUAAGGGUUAUCACAUUUAUUAAACAAAGUUUGUUGACACUGGACUUGACAGGUAGCUGCAGUUGUACAGCAUUGAGGAGCUUGAGUUACAAAUUAUUGCAUACUUUGUAAAAUGAAACAGAGAUUAUAUAUACAGUAUGUAUGUGUGUGUGUGUGUGUGUGUGUGUAUAUAUAUAUUUUCUUACAAAUAAAAAAAGAUCAAUGUAUAGUGGA